AUGAACACCGUCGAGUCCAACCCGUCCAAGCAUGGAACUGCCAUCUUCGAUGCCCUGCAACGAGCAUUGCCAGGUGCAAUCGCUCGCAUGAAGCUGAAGGCCCCUCUGGUGCUCUCGACAUCACGGCGGGUGGACCUGGCUGAGAAGGUCAAGGAAACUCUCAAUGGGCAGAUUGCCGGAAUAUUUAGUGAGGCGACUAUGCACACUCCAACGCACGUCACAGACAAGGCCGUUGAAUAUGCGAAAGCCCAAGGAGCGGACUCGCUCAUCUCCAUCGGAGGCGGAACUACAGUUGGCCUCGGGAAGGCGAUCAGCGUUCGCACUGGACUGCCGCAUAUCUGUAUCCCGACUACCUAUUCCGGGAGUGAAGUGACUCCAAUUCUCGGUGAGACUGAGGAUGGAAUUAAGAAGACUCGCUCUGGUCCCAAGAUCUUGCCCGACACGGUGAUCUACGACUCUAGCCUUACAAUGACGGUUCCGGCAGCUGUAUCUGCCACGAGCGGUGUCAAUGCGAUUGCUCAUGCCGUCGAGGCGCUCUACUCUCGCCAGGCUAAUGACGAUAUCAGUACGAAGGCCAUGGAUGGAAUCGGUUAUCUUGUGAACGGUCUUCCGUUGAUUCUUGAGAACCCUGCCCAUGAACACGGCCGGUCCAUUGUUCAAAAGGGCGCCUGGCUCUGCGGAUCGUGCCUGGCCGGUGUAGAUAUGGCUAUCCACCACAAGUUGUGCCAUACGCUUGGUGGCAGCUUCAAUCUUCCUCAUGCCGAAAUCCAUACCGCUGUUCUUCCCCAUGCACUCUCCUACAAUGCACCUUAUAUCCCUGACGCCAUGGAGAAGUUGGCUCGCGCUUUUCCAGACAGCAAUGGCGACGCAAUCCAUGGCCUUAACGUUCUCUUGUCUAAGCUCAAUGUCAAACGCGCUGCGAAGGACUUUGGAAUGAAGGAGGAGGAUAUCGAUAAAGCGGCCGACCUGGCGUUGACCAGACCCUAUUGGAACCCUCGUCCUAUUGAGCGUGCUCCAAUUCGCGAAUUGCUUCGCAGAGUCUGGGCCGGAGAGGAGGCACGGGCAGACUUGUAG